AUGCUCUCAGCGGUGGAGAAUGGACUGGACCCCCGGGCUGCCAUCCCGGUCAUCAAGAAGAAGCUAGUGGGCUCCGUGAAGGCACUGCAGAAGCAGUACGUGUCCUUGGACACAGCAGUCACAAGUGAAGACGGAGAUGCCAACAGCAUGUGCAGUGCCCUGGAAGCCGUCUUCAUCCAUGGCCUACACACCAAGCACAUCCGAGCCGAGGCCGGAGGGAAAAGGAAGAAAAGUGCCCACCAGAAGCCUCUGCCUCAGCCCGUCUUCUGGCCCCUCCUGAAAGCUGUCACCCACAAACACAUCAUCUCGGAACUGGAGCACCUGAUCUUCGUGAGCACGGAUGUGGGCCGCUGCCGGGCCUGGCUGCGGCUGGCCCUCAAUGACGGCCUGAUGGAGUGUUACCUGAAGCUGCUGCUGCAGGAGCAGGCUCGCCUGUGCGAGUACUACCAGCCCACGGCCCUGCUCCGUGAUGCCGAGGAGGGCGAGUUCCUCCUGAGCUUCCUGCAGGGCCUGACGUCCCUGUCCUUCGAGCUCUCCUACAAGUCUGCCAUCCUAAACGAGUGGACGCUCACCCCGCUGGCCCUCUCUGGGCUCUGCCCACUCUCGGAGCUCGACCCCCUCACUACCUCUGGAGCAGAACUACAGCGGAAGGAGUCUCUGGAUUCCAUCUCCCAUUCCUCAGGCUCGGAGGACAUCGAGGUCCAGCACUCGGGCCAUAAGAUCCGACGGAACAGGGGGCUCACAGCCUCCUCCCUCAGUCUGGACACGGCCAGUUCGUCCCAGCUCUCUUGCAGCCUCAACUCUGACAGCUGCCUGCUCCAAGAGAUUGGCUCCAAGAGUCCAGACCGUUCCGAGGAGCCCAUGUCCUGCGACUCAGACCUGGGGACCGCAAAUGCUGACGAUUCGGACCCGUCUCUGCAAGAGGUGUUGUCCGAAUUCAGCAAAGCCCAGGUAAACUCUGUGCCAACCAACAGACUGAGCCAAGAAGCGGAGGUUCCCACGCUGCAGGCCUUGCUCGCCCUCCGCGGCCUGGACACCAGCACACCCCUGCACUUUGAGGUACCUCCAGAGCCCCGCCCCGCCCAAGCAUCCCCUGGGACUCGAGAUGGGGACCACAAGCGGGAGCCGCUUUCCCAGGCACCUGGCGCCCUGGGCUGGCCACAGCCGGGCAGUGCCCAGGCUGUCCCUUUGGGGAGCGCUUCAGGCCAGCAGCCUCCUAGUCCUGUGAGGGAGGCGACAAGAGCAGUCAGCCAAGGAAGUGGCCAGUGGAAGCCUCCGGAGGAGGAUGGACCUCGGCUGAGCCUUGUGGUUCCCUCACCCACCAGUCCGAAAAGCACGAGCUGGAUCUCAGAAGAUGACUUCUACCGGCCUCCCCGGGAACAGCCCGCAGAGAGUCCUUCCCAUGCUUCCGUGGCUUCUCCCAGAGGGACUCCAGAGCCAAGGCCUGGUCUCCUCACACAAGGACCAAGAAGAAGCUGUUCCAUGGAGGCCUUAGACAAAGCUUGUGUGCCUUCCCUAGGAAGCAGGAGAAGCAAGGCUGCCCCGACACCAGAGCAUAAGAACUUCAGGGUGGUGCAUCGCAGGCAGAUGGGGCUGUCUAACCCAUUCCGGGGGCUCCUGAAGCUGGGCACGGUGGAGCGGCGGGGGGCCAUGGGCAUCUGGAAGGAACUCUUCUGCGAGCUCUCCCCGCUGGAGUUGCGCCUCUACCUGAGCGGCGAGGAGCGCACCUGCGUGGAGAACUGCUCUCUGCUGCGCUGUGAGUCCGUGGGCCCGGCCCACAGCGACGGCCGCUUCGAGCUGGUCUUCUCGGGCAAGAAGCUGACCCUGCGCUCCUCAUGCCGCGAUGAAGCCGAGGACUGGCUGGACCGUGUGCGCGAGGCGCUGCAGAAGUGCCGGCGGCCCCAGCAGGAGGAGGAGUGGGUGACCAUCCAGUACCCAGACCAGCCCGAGGACCCUCCAGAGGCCCCCCAGGGUGGCCGCCCCUCCCACUCGGACCUGCUGUCGGAGCCUGAAACCCCCCAGGGCCCGCAGUUUGACUGGUCUUCUUCCCAGGUUCCCGAGCCUGACGCUAUUAAAGAAUCCCUUCUGUACCUGUACACGGAGCGGACCUGGAUGCCCUGUAUCUUCUCCCUGUCCUUGGAGUCUCUGAAGUGCUUCCGCGUGAGAAACAAUGAGAAGAUGUUAAGUGACAGCCAUGGAGUCGAGACCAUCCGAGACAUCCUGCCGGACACGAGCCUUGGGGGCCCAUCCUUCUUCAAGAUCAUCACCGCCAAGGCCGUCCUGAAGCUGCAGGCCGGGAACGCUGAGGAGGCCGCCCUGUGGAGGGACCUGGUGCGCAGGGUCCUGGCGUCCUACCUGGAGACAGCUGAGGAGGCAGUGACACUCGGUGGGAGUCUGGAUGAAAACUGUCAGGAGGUGCUGAAGUUCGCCACACGGGAGAACGGCUUCCUGCUGCAGUACCUGGUGGCCAUCCCCACGGAGAAAGGCCUCGACUCCCAGGGCUGCUUCUGUGCAGGCUGCUCCCGGCAGAUCGGCUUCUCGUUUGUACGGCCCAAGCUCUGUGCCUUCUCUGGCCUCUAUUACUGUGACAUCUGCCAUCAAGACGAUGCCUCAGUGAUCCCGGCCAGGAUCAUCCACAACUGGGACCUCACCAAGCGCCCGGUCUGCAGGCAGGCCCUGAAGUUCCUGACGCGGAUCCGGGCCCAGCCCCUCAUCAACCUGCAGCUGGUGAAUGCAUCUCUGUAUGAGCACGUGGAGCGGAUGCACCUCAUCGGUAGGAGCCGGGAGCAGCUGAAGCUCCUGGGGGAUUACCUGGGCCUGUGCCGAAGCGGAGCCCUGAAGGAGUUGAGCAAGAGGCUCAACCACAGGAAUUAUCUCUUGGAGUCUCCUCACAAGUACAGUGUCGCGGACCUCCAGCAGAUCACGGACGGGGUGUAUGAAGGAUUCCUCAAGUCCCUGAUCGAGUUUGCCUCCCAGCACGUCUACCACUGCGACCUGUGCACCCAGCGUGGCUUCAUCUGCCAGAUCUGCCACCACCAUGACAUCAUCUUCCCCUUUGAGUUUGACACCACAGUCAGGUGUGGCGAAUGCAAGACCGUCUUCCACCAGAGCUGUCAGGCCGUGAUGAAGAAGGGCUGCCCCCGCUGUGCCCGCCGGCGCAAGUACCAGCAACAGAGCACUCUCGCCUAA